AUUCUAACGAAAUUCGAAAAUACGAUAAGACUGAAGAAAUUGUGCCAAGAAGAACAAAAGUUUCCAGUAUUUCAGUAAACAUUCCUGCUGCUGGUUUAGGUAGUCGCCCUCCUUCCGUUGUUAGUACCACAGUAUCAGAUGAGGGAGGAUUUAAUGAACCUUCCCCGAAAAUAGAAGCAAAAUUAAAACCUCAUGAAGAAUCUAUUUAUGAUUUUCCUGUUAAUGAAAAUAAAGCUUUAGAAUACACAAAUUCUCCUGAAGACAUAAAUCAGUACAAAGAAAAUUCAUUUUUUUCUGAAUCAAAUUUAACUAAGUUAACUCCAGAACAAAUAGAGGCACUUUAUGCAGUCCCUAAUAAAUCUAGUCAACCUAGUGAUAAAACAUCUCUUCCAUCAACUGAUUCUGAUGUAAUUCAAUAUGCAGUACCUCAUAAACAGCAAAAUAUCAAGCAACAUUCUGUUUCUUCUAACGAAGACGAAUUUUCUCAAUAUGCUGUUCCCUGUAAAUCACUUUGCCAACAAAAAUCUGUCACUUCAACAGACUCCGACAUAUCUCAAGUCACUGUUAUACCUCAAAAGUCUAUCGAUUCAGAUAUUAUGUAUCACAACCACACUAAUGUAAUUACAAAUUCAGUGCUUGCCGAAUUAGAAAGUCAAGAUAGUUAUGAAAAAAACUGUCAGAAUUGUUUAAAAAAAGACGAUAAGAUAAGUCACGAGAAUUCCGAUGUUCAUGAAGCAAGAAAAUCAGAACCUUUCAUUAUGACUCGUGAAGUUUUACAGUCCUCAGACGGGAGUGCUCGAUCGACGGACUUCCAAAAAUCUGAGGCCAAUAUUUUAGAUUUAAAUGAUGUUGAAUAUGUGGAUGCUAGUGACAAUGAUCAGGAUAGUGUAUGCAUUAAAAAAGUACCUGAAGCUGAUGCAAUGACUCCAGAUGAAGCUGAAAAUCUAUUAAGCAGCAAGAACCUGCUCCCUGCACCAAAUAGAAUUCUGGAGAAAAAAAAUAGAUCCGAUAUAUUAUCAGAUGAAGAAGCACAAGAAGUUACCAGACUGCUACACCCGACAGAUACUAAACCUGAUAAAUGGCAGCCAAAUGCAUCUAGUUCACUUCUACAAGAUUCUAUUACUGCGUCUAUGCAUGAUUCUUCAGGGCCAAUAUCUUUGAAUGACAGUCUGGGUCCCCCUUCCCUUCAAGAAGAAUCAGUAAAUGAACCUAUAAUUGAACUCAAUGAACCUUUGUCUCAAAGUUUUAUAGAAAAUCAGGAUAAUGCCAUAAAGGAUAUUGAACCUCUUUCUCAGUAUUAUGAGUCCACUUCAAGUUUAGAUAUAUCUACCCGAGAUGAAGAAGAUGGCUCUAAGGUUGAAUGCAGCGUAUCAGCAACUGAUUCAGGCUUGAUAGAUUCAACAAGUAUAUCAGAAGGAAAUAAUCCGGAACUUAACCAAGAUAAUGGAUUUACUCCAAAGCCAAUACAAGUAGUAGGCAUUGAACAUGGUGUACAUUAUUAUGAAGAUGGGCACUUCUGGAUGGAAGUUCCAGGUUUACCUCCAGAGGAAGAUGAUGAUGAUCUUGAAUUUCCCACAUACAUUCCAAAACCACCAAGUAAAGUGUGUUUUUCAGUGGAACCCAUGAAAGUUUAUUCUACAUUUAGUAUAAAAGAAUAUGAUAGAAGGAAUGAAGACGUGGAUCCUGUUGCGGCUUCUGCGGAAUAUGAGUUAGAAAAACGAGUGGAGAAAAUGGAUGUAUUUCCAGUUGAACUAGUAAAAGGUCCAGAAGGUCUUGGUUUAAGUAUUAUUGGAAUGGGGGUGGGCGCAGAUGCAGGACUGGAAAAAUUAGGUAUUUUUGUGAAAACAAUAACCGCCAAUGGAGCAGCUGCAAAAGAUGGCAGAAUAAAGGUAAACGAUCAAAUCAUUGAGGUUGAUGGCAAAAGUCUGGUAGGUGUUACCCAAGCUUAUGCGGCCAGCGUAUUAAGAAAUACUUCAGGAUUAGUAAAGUUUAGCAUAGGAAGGGAACGAGAUCCAGAAAACAGUGAGGUAGCUCAGCUUAUAAGGCAGUCGUUACAGGCGGAUAAAGAAAGAGAAGAACGAAGGCAGAGGAUGAUGGAAGUGGAGCAGCAACAGAGUGAUGCCAGUACUGUCCCGUUAACAGGUAAUCUACUUUGA